CACACGACACGCACACCCGGUUGACUCUAGUCCAUGUCUCUCCCCCUGCUAUCGCGCAUCGCACCCCUCCUCUUCCGCCGCCAGUUAUCCACCACUACAGCAUCCAUCAUGGCCGACAAGCAGGUCCGCCUCCGGCUCAUCUUCGUCCUCGCCGCCGCGUUUGGCGUGCUCUACCUCGCCCAUGUGCGCGGGUACACCUCGACUGCGUUGUCGUACGCCGGCGUCGCGGGCAGCAGCGGCGGCGGGGACUUUGCCACCACCAACACCCACGCCCACGGCCACGGCCUCACCGCGGCCCACGCUGACCACGUCCAAGUUAUCGUCACCUUCAAGAAGGGCGCCUCGAGCGCCGACAAGGCUGCGAUCCUUAACGGCGUCGUCGCCAAGGGCGGCAAGGUCGUCGACAAGUCGGACGCCGACUCGUCGAUCUUCCCCUACGCCGUCGUCUCCAUCUCGCCCGACUCGUUCGCGGCCCUCCAGUCCGCCUCGCUUGACGACAAGCACGACGUCAUCAAGGGUGUUGAGGAGGACAAGGAGGUCAGGAUCCAGUAAACCUGGGCAGCGCCCUCAUGAACGUUGUACCCAUGCUGCUACCAUGCAAAGUUAUCAAAUGA